AUGAACAUUUCAGUGCCUAAACAUGCUCCAACUGAUGUAGAAGUCUUUCAAGAAGGAGACAAUGUCCUUGUUGAUUUUGAGCCUCUGCCACUGAGCAAGAUUCCAGGGCAGGACGCCGGCUGUGAAGUCCGCGUUUGUGAGAAUCCUGACGUUAUUACAUCUUGUGACGUUCGAAGCGUACCUCCACGUACACCCACUGCUGAAUUUCGAAGUCUCCAACCACACUCAACAUAUUACGUGGCUGUUGCGUGUAAGACAAGAGCAGGCAUGGGCCCUCAAAGUCCGUGGCUAACGUUCACCACUGGGAAAUUGGAGACUAAAAAACCUAGAAAGACCACAACAACAGUAACAACAACUACUACUGCUCCUGAACCGGUAAAUGUUUCACAAAAGCUUUGCAGAUCAAAUUUCCAGAACCAUAUCGUGUAG